CUUACAUGAUUUUUUAUUUGUCUACUAUGUGUGCUCUCAUUGAUUAGGCCUCUCUUCUCUACCUUGUAUGGAUCGAUUCUGUGGAGAGUGAAUGAAUGAUUACUUUCGCGGCUCGCAUUUCUAUUGAAGGCAUACAAUGUGUGAUUGAUGUAUAAUCAAUUCAAAGUCUAACUCUUGAGUAUGUUGUUUCAGAUGUUCAAAUUUCAUUUAUCAUCUUCAGUUAUAUCCUAACUUUCAAAUUUUGCAGGGUCUUACCUGUAGCUGCUGUAGCAGAUCCUUCGGCAAAACAACCUGAUGGCAAUAAAUACGCAGACACAAAUAAACCUGUUGUGUCUUUCAAGACGAGUGAAACUCAACCUUCAUCUGUCUUGGCUUCGUCAUCAGCGGCAGGGAUGUUCUCGUUUGGGUCAGGGCUACAAAAUGGAACAGUCCCAGGUUCGUCAACUGGUCAAACUCUUUCCGAUAGCUCCCUCUUGAUCGUUCCUAAUGGCAGCACCGGCACAGACAUAUCUGUGAAUGCUGUGAACUCUGGUAGUAGUGGCAAUUCAGCGUCAGAGGCAGCCCCAAUCUUGGGUUCAUCUAUUUUCAAAUUUGGGUCACAUCUCACUUCAAGUUCAGUUUCUUUUGCUAAUGCUAGUGGUGACAUCAAUCGAAGCAAAACAGAGACUAGCUUUGGGAGUCUUGCUGGUGAUCCUUUUGCUGAUUCUAAGCCUGCUGUUGCAAGUACUCGAAGUGGCCUUUUUGGCAUUGCCCCUUCCAUAGUUGCCGAGAGCACUACAAGCAGCAGCCCUUCUAAUGAUAUUUCAGCUACCUCUGAUAAAAGUACCUUAGUUAGUAGUCCAUUUGUAAGUACAAGUGCAAGUACCGGAAGCAACCUUGUUGGUGCUACUGCUGCUUCUGUUACAGUUACCAGCAACAGCCCUCUUGGUGGCUCUACUCCUACAGCUACAAACCCAGGAAGCAGCAUUUUCGGUACUGCUGCCAGUUCUAGCACUGGAAAUAGCCUCUUCAGUGCAGCAGCUCCCAGUACACCCACCGGAAAUAGCCGUUUCAGUUUCAGUGCUAACUCAACUUCGCUAGGCCCUGCUAGUCAGGCCCAAGGUCUGAAUAAUACAGCCAGCACUAAGGUAGCUGCAACUGGCUUUGCCACAUCUACCCAAUGUACACCUAGUCAGUUCGGUUCUUCCGUGUCUUCUCCUUUUGGGUUGAGUGCAAAUAUAGCUCCUGCUACUGCUGAUGGUAGUUCAGGUUUUGGUUCAUCAUCGAUACCUAAUCCGUUCAGUACUGGAACUUCUUCUGGAGUGCCUUCUUCCGCCCCGUCUUCAGAAUCAAAUAAGUCUGUUAGCACAAAUGCAAGCACAUCAUCUCCGCUUUUUGGUUCGAGCUGGUCAACAACUCCUGUAUUUGGUAGUGUGUCCAGUUCACCAGCUUCAUCGAGCGGGUUUGUAUUUGGAGCGUCAUCUUCGAGUGGUGCUUCUACUGCAGGUGCCACUGCAUUUGGAUCGUCGGCUAAUGCUACAUCAUCUAGUUCCCCAUUCUCUUUCAGUGCGCCAGCAGCAAAUCCUCCCCCUUCACAACCUGUGUUUGGUAACCCUACUACAACUCCAUCCUUUGCAUUUGGCUCAACUCCAUCAUUUGGCUCAACUCAACCAUCCGUUAGCAACGAUCAAAUGGGAAUGGAGGACAGCAUGGCGGAAGAUACGGUCCAGGCAACCACACCAUCUAUCCCCUUGUUUGGUCAGCAGACUCUGAUACCCCCAUCGUCAGGCUUCAUAUUUGGUUCCGCAGUGUCGCCAACCAGUGGAAAUACUCUUUUUGGUUCUACUGCUCCUCCGUCUGCAGGAACCCCCCAGUUUGGUUCUACUGCUGUAGGAACCCCCCAGUUUGGGUCUACUGCGGCAGUAAACCCCCAGUUUGGUUCUACUGCUGCAGUAACCCCGCAGUUUGGUUCUGCAGCCGCAUCUCCUUCGAUCCCGUUUCAAUUUGGUGGGCAACCAACUCCACAAGCUGCUGCUCCAUUUCAGGCCAGUAGCAGUCUAGAGUAUGCAGGCAGCUUCUCAUUAGGGACUGGUGACAAGAGCAACCGGAGAAUUGUCAAAGUGAGGAAAAGUUCGCGGAAGAAAUGAUUGAUCUCUGAUCACUGUCAUUGACGGGCAGGCUCUGGGGGUUGCUCAGUUUCAUGGCCUGCAAUUACGACAGAGCUCCCCAUAAUUGUUUUGGCAUUGGUGUAAUAGUAAAGUAAUUAUGGUGCCUGGAAGUAUAGCUAUGAGUCAAGAGUUGCUUCCCUCAAGGAAAGAAGAUGGCCGAUUCCAGUCGGGUUUCAAAUGCAGUCGACCCUAUUGAGGGACCUGCGUCGUGUUGCUAGUAACUGUGUGAAAGCAGAAGUUCGAAAAGGAGCGAGGGUGAAAAAGAGGGAUGAGUUUGUGACAAAUUUUGUGACAAUACUUAAUAGUUGUCUGUGGUGUAAGCUUUAGGUGAAGUUAGGUAAUUUUGGUGCAUACCAGGCUCAGCUGGGUCCUGUCAUCAAGUGUACUUUCUUCGAGAUGUAACGUAAGACGAUUUGUUCCAUAAAAGAAGCGCUUGUUGUUGCCGGUUUACCUGCUGGAAGUUCAGUUGUCAGUGAUCCUUCUGUGCUGUGCCAAGUGAAUUCUUUGGUCUGUUGGAACGAAUUCAGGUUAAAGUUGAAAAAUAAGUGUGAUUAGAUUUCAGGUUUUAGUGGGUAAAGGCAUUAGAUUCUGAGAGAUCACAUCUUAAUAUCUUACUGUUUUGAGUUUGGUGUAGGGUUUAUGGUUGGGAUUAGAGUGUAGAGGACUCGGGGUUUAAGGUUUAACUGUUUGCUUUAGAGCUUUGUUGGAUAUUGUUGACUUCAGACCGGCCUGGCUACCCUUCAAUUAGGGUUAAUUGUAAAACUAGGGGUUGACAACGAUCUGGUCCACAUCGGAUUCAAUAGUAUUUAAUAUAUAUUUUGGAUAGAAUGUAUUUGGAUGCGUUUUUUAAUUUUGAUCCUAUAAAUUAUCUAGGUACGAAAAAAAGUAGAUCGAAAUUAAAUUUGGAACAAACCAAAUUAAACUAAAUAAAUCAAACUAAAUAAAUCAAACAUGCUUUUAAUCAUUUCCAAUCUCAAUUCUUUAUGGUUAUGAGCUGAACCGAUCGAUGCCUAUCCCUAAUUUUUUUUUAAUUUCUGAGUGAUAUCAAUAGAGGAAAAUGGUUAAACUUACAAUUCUACCCAGGACCCCUAAAAGACUCUAAAGAACCACCCAAAAAAUUAAAAGAUUCUAACUCU